AUGUCUUUCCUUCAUGGUGUUUUAGAUAACAUUCAGCCUAAAUUAGGCCAGCAUAAAGACACUUUAGGUAGCGCACUUACUUCACUUAAAAGCACAAAACUUAAUGGUAUUACUAAAUACAAGGCGGCGGUAGCCGCUGUGGCCGAUGGUGUACGUGCGUAUAAUGAGAGAGUGGAGCGUUCGAAUUCUAUGGUGAGCACGCCGAUGAAUGUGUUGAUUAGGUACGUCAGAAAUCGAGGUGAGUUACUUGGUAGCAUUAAUAGGUUUCAGGUGACGGAUGACAUGAAGGAAGAUGUGCUGGAGGCGGCGGAGAAGAUGAUUAAUGAGCAGCUUGACGAAUGUAAAAAAAAUGCUGCAAAAUUUAAUGACACUUUAGACACUGAAACACAAAUGGAAAUACGUAAUAUCAUUAGUGAGCUUAAUCCCACAUUGUCGCUUAACGUUAAGAGUGCCUUGAAGGCGGUAAAGCAUGAGACUAAGCGUCUCAGUGAGCUGUCUGAGAAAGAGAAGAAAGAUCUCAAGGCGAUGACAGAUAAAAUUAAUACUGUGCUUGAAAGCGUUAAAGAGUAUGUGAAUUGCAAAAUCGACGAGAAAAUAAAGGCGCUCGCCGCUGAGUUGAAAAAGAAAGUCGAAGAUAUUUGGUAUCAGCUCAAGGGGAUAAAUACUUUGCUCAUUAAGUACGUAAAAGAUUUUGAGAAGUGGAUGAAUAAAACCAAAGAGUUCAUUGAGAAGAACGCGCAGAGUAAUGUCCAAAAAGUUCUGGAUGAAGUGGAUUGGACAAAAUCAUCUAGUACGUCGGGCAAUUGGAAAAAUGCUGAGGAUGAAAUUCAGAAGGUUGGCAGUGAGCUUAGCAAAAAAGUAAGCGAGCUGGGCACUUGGAACGCCGCGGCCGGGAAAGUUGUGGAGGCGGCAAACAAGCAGUGUGAUGCAAUUUUGGAGAGAGUUCAUAAAGACUCAGGAGUUAAGGAGACGGAGAUUGGGAAGGCCGCCGAGAAGCUGCGGGCGGAUGCUGCUAAGCUUUUUAAGGAUAUGACGGCGGCGCAUACGCAUAUUAGUGGAAGGGUUACUGCGGCAACUCAGGCGUUGGAGAAGGUGAAGAAAGCUGUUAUGGAGGAUUUGAAGGCACUGAGGGAGGCGAUUAAAGAGACGGUUAGGCAAUAUUUUAUGGAGUUGGCAGGGGCUAAGUGGGAAGAGGCGGCUAAAAAUGGUGGUGAUGUAACGGGUCUGAAAAGUGCCCAGUUGCAAGCGUGGAUUAGUGCCGCUAAGGAAGCUUUAAAAGGUGCAAAUGGCGCCGCUAAAGGUUUUACCGGCACUUGGAUAACUAACUACAGCGCUUUCAAAAAUAUGAUGGAGGUGCUAGGAGGUCUUAGAACUUCGCUGAAUAUAUCAUCCUCAGACGCGCCCGAAUCCGCCUUCGGCGCCAUGUCCUCGGACGCCCAGGGGAAGAUUGUCGAGAUGUAUGGCGCCAAAGGUGGAGAUGUUGCUGGCAGUGGCAUUACAAAUCCCACCAAAAACUAUGAAGGCGGAGAAGGCAUUCAACUGAUAACUGGCCCACUAGGACAAAUUAACACUCAAGAGGGUCUUCAAAAACUUGACGGUAAGGAUCACAAAGGCAACAAAAUAGAAGGUAACACCUUUCCAACCCUGUUUUCAACAGUCGAGACGCAACUCGAACAGAUCGCCGGGAUGGUGGAGCAUGAGAAGAAGAAGCAAAAGUCCAGUAAACCAGACGGCGUCAAGGACUACCUAAACGAACUGAACAGCAUGAUUACGAAAAGUCAGGAGCAUCAACUUACCACCCAGCUAAAUCCACCCCCCGAGUCCACCACUGUCCAAGGCCUCGCGAAGAUCCAGACGGAGAUCGAGGGGCUGCGAGAGAGCAGUGUCAGAGAUCUCACAUCCAAUGUCGACAAAUUGUGCAGCGCAAUCAGACAGGCCGCGCAAGACGUGAAAGGUAAUUCGGAUAUUCUCAAAGAAGAUAACAUUGAGAAGAAACUGGAAGCGAUCAGGAAGAACAUUAGUGAUCUGCAAAUUGGUAAUUUGACCAAAGCCAUCGAGGCCACAAAGACACUGCUUACUUUAGAACUCGGACUCUUCUCCAGCCGAUGCAUCGCCUCACUGGAAGGAGACGUCAGACAACAGAUCGACGAUGCAAAAAAGCAACUCACCACCCAGGCAAAAAAGCUCUACGUGACGUCAGUGAGAGACAUGCUGCUGGCCUUUGCAAGCAAAGUCAGCGAGGAACUCCACGAGCUUCCGAAGCAAAUUACGGAAGACGCUGACAAGGGCGUAAGAGGAUUCAUGAAGAAGAUGGAAGAGAGAUUUAUUAAGACGGCUAAAAGAAUUGCAAACGUUUCGCCAACGCAAUCCCCUGCAGCGCUUCCCAAUCCGGGUUCACCGGAGAAAUCCAAGAACAAACCAAAAUCUCCGCUCAGCCAAGCGGCUAUGACAUUAAACACCGCAUUCAGACUCUUCUUCGAUGACCUGCAAAAUCAACCGGACUUCAAGUCCGACUACGAUAAAGUUGCGCCUUCCAAAGAGGCUCUGACAGCAUCACUGAAUGGGCUUGUAGGUUCACUGCGCUUUAACCAUGACUUUAGUGUUAAUAUAGAAUUACUUAGCAAAUCACUCAGCGGCUUGAAUCCAGAAUCACACGGCGAAUGUGAGUGUCCUUUGCUGAUUAACGCUUUGCGAGCUGGCUUCCCGGCUUUGGUUGCAGAGCUGGACAAGGCGUAUAUGAAUAAGUAUGACGGUGCGUCGAAGGAUUUCAAGUGGGAGGAAGGAGACAAAUUGACGGAUGAAGCUACGAAAUGUGCAAAACUGUUCCUAACUACGCUUCCCGUCCUUAACAACAACCUGAACAAAUUGACAAGAAAAUGUCAUGUUGAUAGCCGGAGAAAUUGGAGGGAGUCGCAAAUUAAUUUACGCGUUGACAAUCCACUUGGGAAAUUCUUAGCCGGCCAAGGCUAUGCGGUUUCCUCGGAUUAUGAGAGUCAGGACGGUGAGCUGCAAAACAAUGAUGCUAUGCGUGGACAGAAAAUUUAUGAACUUCUUGUCGGUUCUGCUGACAAACACGUGUACACUACACUAGACGAUAAAGCGGAUGAAGGCGCACUCAAUAAAUUCUGCAACUGCCUCCUCGACUUCUACAAAGCUUCCCACCUUAAACACAUUAACGCACCUACGUACCCUACCACCAUCAGUCACAUGCUUGAAUGGCUUUGUGGUCUCACCCAUCAUCCCGUCUACCAAUCACUAUCACUUGGUGGUUUUGCUGACUUAUUCGAAAAGCCUAAGGAGCAGGACACGGACAACGCUCCUUUGGUUGUAUCUUUUAACGACGAUCCCGACUCAUUGGACGCCUACCCAAGGAAGAUCACAGCUACAGGGCUCUCACAGACCCUUGUGGAAGUAUGUCACCUGGCCGAAGACACACUCAUCGCAAUCGUCGGACAUGGCCACGCAGACGGUGUAUAUGCGUGCGAUUACAACACGAACCGACAUGGUCUAUCGUAUCCUACGAACAUGAACACAUUAAUUUGUACGUUAUUCGACAUUCUCCAACGCCUGCACUGCCAGCUUUACUUCUUGUAUAAUCAAUGUUAUUACGGUGAUAUGUAUAACGGUUGGCGUGAGUGUUACUACGGCAACGGUGUCGGUGGCUCCAGUUGGAAGUGUAACGAUAAGCUGUGUGCUAACCAAACGUGUAACCUAAGCCCUAACCAACGCGCUGACCAAAGCGGUAACCUAAGUGCUAACCUAACACCUAACCAAAUAUGUGAGCAACACCCCAAGUGCGGCGUCAAAUCGCCUUUACAAUCGUUCCUAGAGGACGGUUUACAAGGCUUUUUGCCUCAUACUGUAUCCAGUAGGGGUAGCAGCUUGUCAUGUUCUAGUUGUUCUAAGCUGUCCCCUGGUGUGCCGUGUAGAACACCCAUGGGCUUUGUGGACAUUAGUACUCUGGCGUCUCAUACUAGUACGGGAGAGCGCAUCAUCAGAGCACUCCUUCGUUUCUGUGGAAUCAAUUCAUCACCACUAAGCAAUUUAUGCGCUCUACUAAACUGCGUCCUCCCUCGUCCACCGCAGAGCUUAGGUGCUAUGUUUGCCUUUUACUAUAACUUCAUUGCUCACUGGGGUCAGCCUGGAAACGCUGUAUUAACCAAUGCCGUUAGUGGAGCUAACUUCAAACGUAACGACGCAACCUUAGACAUUGCUCCGCUAUUCAAAAGCAGCGACCAUACGUCCGAGGAAGAAAUGACGCAUCGCACCGGUGACCUUUACACCCUUGUUAACUGCAAGAGUGAUUCAUCUUCUCCAACCCUUCCCUGUGGCCCAUAUCUGAGACCACAUUCUCGUGACAUCUGUAGCACAUUCGCCGAGAAGAAUGCCGACAAGUAUCUGUCGUGGAUUGUAUAUCUGACACAGACCUUUUAUGAUCUCCUUAAGACGUUGUAUAAGGAGUGUUGUGAAAUGUGCGACAAGAGAGGAACCACAUGUUAUCAAAAAUGCUGCGAUAAAAAAUGUGAAGUAAUAUACCCCGACGAAUCUAAGAAACAUACUGGGGAGUACGAGAAGGAAGUUGCUAAAUAUUGGACUGCAAGGCACAAUAGUGAAUGUAAAUCCAUUUUCAAAUGCUCCCACACUAUUAAAAUAUUCUCUAAAUAUGGAUUUUAUUUCGGUAGUCCAUCGAAAAUGAGCGGUAGUGAACAUGUAAAUUCCAAACGUACAUGUAGAGAUUUCUGUAAGGCAUUAGCAACGGUUCUCAACGAUGUCGAAGCAGAUGAAGCGCCGCUUGCAAAAUUAAUUUAUCAUACGUCUCCCAUUCACAUACCUCUUACUAGCCCUCUGGUCGCUGUCGCUCCUGUACCUGCUGCACAUCGCCGUCGUCCGCCUCGACGUGCUGAGGAUACGCUCACACCUGAGAUCGCCCUCAAGCCACCGCAUCGCCGCGCAGUCCCUCCUCGCCGCCGCACGCGUCAAGGCACUCGCCAACGUCAAGUACUUCUCACCGUAAUCGUGCCUUCACGUGUGAUCUGUGUAUCACCCACUCAAUCAACUACUCACUCACCCACCCACCCACUCAAUCAACUACUCACUCACCCACCCACCCACUCAACCACUCAACCACUCAACCACUCACCCACUCAACCACUCACUCAACCACCCACUCAACCACUCAACUACCCACUCAACCACCCACUCAUCUACUCACCUCCUCCUUCACUGGUCGCUUCGCUCCCUCCUCCAUCACCCCCUUACUCACCUCCUCCGUCGGCGUCCUUCGCCCAAAUUCUCAUUUUCCACCUUCCCCCUCCACCUCCGAAAUCCCCUUACCUCAACCCAUCACCUCCUUCAUCGUCCUCUUUCCCCCCUUCACCUCCCUCACCCUGUCCACCCACCUCCCUCGCUGCCUCCUUGACCUAA